ACUCCCAGAGAGAACUCUCAGAGUUCAGUUGCCUGAGAGCAACAGUGCGAUUCAGAUGGAGAAUUUUCUCUCUCUUCUGGAAAGCAUUGAUCCUUCAUGGCUGACCCCCAGCUCCACCACUCGGGCAAUGGACAUGAUCUUUGCCUUUGUGUGUGGGCUGGGGCUCUUCCGCCUAUUAUCGCCCCUCCUCCCCCCUUAUUCACCCUCACCUCCACCUGCAGAAAACACCACCCCGCAAAAGGUGGUGAGGAGGGAGCACAGAAAGGUUAGGAAGAAAACCAGGACUGUGAAAGCUUACAGAGUCAGCGGGAAGAAACCUAAGGAGGACAAGGUACUGGGUUCACUUCUGCACAGCAUACAGGAGAGGCUUGGCGACACUUGCAAACAUUUAAGACAAGAUGCCUCAGGUGAAGCAUUCAAACGAGAUGAUGCCAAAGCCCACCUGCCACCUAGGAAGACCACAGGGAAGUCUGUGGAAACCCAUUCAUCCCUAGAGACUUCCUCUGCUCCUAGCAACGAACACCUGUUGCUCAAAGAUUCUAAACCCUUGUCUCCUGUCCUGAUGACUUCCUCACUGAUUGAGUCACAGUUAUCUGAGAGAGUUUCUUGGCCACCAGAGACCUUGACAACUGGAAGAUGCCAUUCACCAACCCAACAGGCACCUUCCUACCCAUUUCAUCCUCAGAAUCCUGUGGCUUGUCCUCCAUCCUUGCCAUAUCCCAACAUGGCAGUUCGUGAGUUUAAUUCGAAAAUACUGGGGACCUUACAGAGCUCACAAACUCUGCCAUGUUUGCCUUCUCCCAUACCAACCACCCCAGGCAUUAACCACUCAAGGAGGCCCACCUCGACCACCCCAGGCCUUAACUAUUCUAGCAGGUCUACUUCAACCAGUCUAGACCUUGAACACUUAAGCAGGCCUACCUCCACCACCCCAGGCCUUGAUUUCUCAAGUAGGCCUACUUCAACCACCUCAGGCCUUGAUACCUUCAGCAAGCCUACUUCGACCAACCCAGGCAUUGAACACUCAAGUAGGCCUACCUCAGGCCCUAUCAAGCACCAGAUAACUUCCAGUACCUUGUGCCACUCAACCUCCUCAACUGACGAGUCCUUGCAAGAGGAUCUUUCUCUUACCAUCCACAAGGCCUCGUUCUCGACAGGCCCCACAGACAGCCAGAUAGAGGCUAGGGAGCCCUCUUUCAUCAGCCCAGUUAUACAUGAGAUGCAGGAAAUUCAACUCAGUAAAAGAGUCCAACUAAAAUAUUGGCAAGAGAAAGGAAAGGGGAGAUCAGACCUUUCCUCCGGCUCUCCGGGCAGUAUGCCACAUUCCUGCAGCAGCAAGGGGGCCAACAUCACCUCACGCUCCUUCUGGAACAAAGACAGCAAAUCAGACCAGCUGUCAGGUCACCAGAAGGACUUAGAUAACGAUUUAAAAGAGAAAUGUGUCCAACUUUACUGGGGUCUCCCCUGGCUCCACAGUGAGUCCCUAGUGACUCCUGUCAUCAUGACAAUGUCCCCACUAGAUUCCCCCUCCAUCUUGUUUAAUGGACUCUCUACUUACAGCCCAUUACACGUUAAGACUAAAGGCCAUCCACAGGAAGUAUUUAAUCAACAGAGGUUCAACAGUUGGGGCUCGCAGGGCCAGGGGCCUGUUGUCCAUCUCCAGGGGAAUUACAUUAUCCCCGAGCUACGGGAGCAGACGGAAGAAGAUUGUAAAAAGAGACUCUCACUACACCAGGGUCAGAGGCCCCCCAAAGUCCAGCUAUCUCUUGGCCUGGGUCAGGCAGAAGUUAAUCACAGGACUCUAGGUCCCUCUGCACAGAAAAAUGAAAGCAGAGAGUGUCCACACAGUGUCUCAUUAAAGGGUCCAGAGAUGUUACAACCAUGGCGGACCCCACACAAGGAUCUUCCAAACAUUCUAGGAAGAGCUCUGGGAAAAGAUCUGCCCCCAGAGGGUUCCCUGGGCAGAGUUCUCGAGGCCUUGUCUGAGACAGAGAGGGAAACGUGCCACAUGAGAUGCCAAACAAGUGACACACAUACUUUAAACAUGAGGAAGGAUACCACUUCACCGUUUCCGCAGUCCUCCAAUGACUCUCUGUCCUGGGACUCUACAGAAGACUCUAUGACCCAACUGGCCGGUGACCUGGGAGAACCCAUCCAGCAAGCCCCAGAAAGAGACAUGAAGACAGCUUCCUCUGUGGAAUGUCAGUCCAUACAGAACUGUCCUGCCCUCCAGCCAGCACUCCUCAGAGAGGCUCCACCUAGUUACAACUCUGUGCCCCCUGAGGCCCCUACAACUGCCCGGGGCUACAAUGUCACUUCGGUUUCCACCCCAGAGAGCCUCAUGGGCAGAGCCUGGCAUAGGGAUACACUUGUCAGGUCUUGGGCAGAAUACCCAGAGCCCAAUCCAGGCCGAGUCCAGAAGAGUGAGGGUGGGACUUUAAGCCAUAACGACAACGAGGUCUCUGUUAGGGAGAUCACAGGGGUUUCUCAGUCCUCAAGGAGCAGGGGUACCAGGAAGCUGGAGGAGACAGAGGAAGAAGAAUCUCAUGAGUGGACACUCCCCGUGGAAGCUGCGAAGAUCGCUGAUUUUCAAACCAAUCAAUUUCUGGGGGCAAGUGGAAAUCUAUCUAAAACCUUUCCCCAGGAUGCAGACGACUUGGGCCUGAAUACACCUCACUGCUCAGCUGCUGGUGUAAUCUUGCAGGAUUGUGCUACAGGCGAGUUAUGCCAAAACUGGGACCCCGAGGUAGUGAUUGCUGCAGAGAUCCUGGCUUCCAGGACCUGCCGGUACAGACCCAAGACUGAGCCCACCACGGCCAAGUCACACUGCAAUUACAGGUCCCCUUUCUAACAAAGAGACAAAAACGUCCUCAAGAAUUACAAGUCACAGGAUCCACAGUAUAACCAACACAUUAUCACCAAUAGUCAAAAUGAUAAAUACAGAAGUCCUCCCAGGCAGGACAGACCACUUAAAUGGACAAAGCCUGACCAAGCCCACCCAUCAAAUAAUGAAAACCAUCAAAUAAAGAAAUGUUUACUAUUAAUUUUCAACUGCAAAUAUAACGUAACAGACAACUCCAAGCAAAACUACAAGGGUGUACCAUCGAUGACCCAUAGCCAAGGAAACCAAAGAAACAGCAGAGUUUGCCAUGCAAACCUCAAGAUUCAGAGUCAACCUUCCCCUGACAAAGGCAUGCCCAAUGGCAUCAAGCAGGCCCGGGUAUCCAGAGACCCUAUCUUCCGAACCAGCUCUCAUCAGCAAAGAGCCCAUGUUGCACAUGUCCCAGGGACACCAGUGUACUGUCCACGUCAUGGACAUUGCAUUAAAGUAUGAUCUAUAAAGAAGCCUUUCCCCAAAUUAAAAUCUUAGACAUUA